AGUCGUGAAAAAGCACAAGAUGAUAUACUUGCUUUGACUGAACUCAAGCAGAAGCAGGAGGAAGUAAUUCACAGAUUCCGACAAAACCAGGCAGAGAUCCACCACUGGCGAAACAUGUACAGAUCAGGCCGGCAGCAGAGACGGUUGCUUCACCACCAUCAAAGAGACAUUCUUGAUAUCAAACAGUCAGCUCUUCACUUCAGACAAGUGCUGCAAAUGCAGACUCUGCCAAAGAGAAAUGGAAUCACCAAGCCGGAGAACACUGCCAGUACUAUGGAGGAAGAGGGUGUUAUGCAGCUUGGGAUUAAGCCAGAUGCUAGAAGCACAGAUAAAGCACCAAAAGAGGAAGGGAGGCAAGUGUGAUCACUAUUAUUCCAUCAUUUAUUAUCAUACACUUACAAAGAGGAGUAUUGGGAUAUUUAGUUCCCAUAUACAGUAAGCAGAGGCAGUGCCAACACGUUUAUGUAGUGUAACACCUCAAGAGGAAAUACUGCAGUGCACCACUUACUGUCUGGCAAAUCAUGCAUGACACACAGCAGAGGAGGAGACAUGGCAGAAGUGUGUGCAUAUCAUGAGCUUGUUAUCUACAGCAUUUACUCUCUUUCUUGUUACAAUGCACCACUCAGAGUAAUUACCCUUAGAGAAAGAGAAACGGAAGGAAGUCAGUGAGAUAAAGUGGAGAUUGAUAGAUUGAGUGAGUGAGAAAGAGGAGGGAGAGGCUGGAUGGGAGGAGAGAGUUAUUGGAUGAGAGAGAGAGAGAGAGAGAGAGAGAAGCAAGAAGGAGGAAGUUAAAGAUAAUAAAAAGAGGGCAUAGCUGUAGACAGAGAUGCAGGAUAACUGCUCUCUCAGCCACCGGCUUGACUGCAACUGCGAGUUGACACAAUAUUUGGGGAGUGGCAGCAGCGUCUCACAGGGGACCUGAAGGAGGACUUCUGUUCCUCUAGCUGGUUGCUUGCGACUGAGUCCCUUUGUGAUGGCAGUAUGCCAGUCAUGAACAGGUCAGGCUUGUUGAGUAAGGCUGGUUUGAGGAGGCUGUUAUCAUCAGAUGAAAUGUGGACUUUAGGAAGGAAGAGGAACCAAGUUGAAUUUGUCCCGGCCAAGCAGGAUAUUCUGCAAGUCGCAGAAUCAAAUAAUCCUCCAUCCAGUCCCUCUCACAGGUACAGCCGACAGAACCAGGCUUCCCUUCACCUUAUCAGCCCAGAAAGAAUCGGCAAGACUGAAGGUGGAAGCACUUCAUGUCAGUGUGACUCUGUGAAGGCUGUGAAAUCAGGACCUGAAGUUAAUGAACAAGACACUCAGAAGAAGGUUCAAGGUCUUUAUGAGGACACAUGCACACUCAAGAAAGAAAUACCACAACAUCCAACUAAAGUGCCAAUGAAGCCGGUAUUAAAUAUCCAGCAUUUCACACUCAACCAUGAACCUCAUUCAGAUUCACUCAGAGCCCCAAUAGUAUCCAGUUUGUCAUCUGACAAAAAAGAUGAUCUCCAAUUGGACUCUAAAAAUAGCCAUCUUAAACCCAAGGAGCAAGAGGACAUAAAGACGACAACACUAGAUACCACUGCUCUAUAUGUACAGAACAAUCAGAGACUUCACAGUGUGCUGACCCUGAACAAUAACCACAAUAUCUGUGACCAGAAUGCCGGGGGGCAAUGGAAAUCAUCUCUUUUAUACACCAAAACUGAUAAAACCAAUGAAUUUCCAGAACAAAAAUCCCAGGCGUGUAGAAAUGAGACUGCCACAGACAAUAUACUUAUUGAAAACUUAAUUCUGGAAGCAGUAAGUGUGGAAAUAAGAAAGGCUGAGGAUAGUCCAUCUUGUGAUGUCAGUCUGUCAGAGAUAGAUGAGAAGUCAGAGGCAAUUUCAUUUAGUGAAGCACUAACUUGGUCUGAAGAAGAAAGGGAUUGUCUCGAUGAGGAGAAGAUUGAAGCAGCUCAAGCAAGUAGUUGCUCUUUAGUUUUUGCAGAAGAGUACACUGUUGUACCAGAUGAUAUUCAGCCUUAUUUAAACAAUAAACAGGAAGAACGUUGUACACCGCCAUGUUACGAAAGACAACCGACUUUAGAGUCGACCCUAUCAGAAAUUCUCUCUCCUGUAGAUGAGGUUUUGUCUUACGGAAGUGCAGAACUCCAUCCGUUCGUUAAAGGAGGAGUCACAUCAGGUCUUGACAGCUACGGUUGUCCUCCUCCUCCUGCCUUUGAAAUUAUUACCUGGACAAGUGAGGAGGAACUUCCAGCUCCACCUGAUUCUGUGGAAGAUCUCUCAAUUAACAAUGAGAACCUCCCUCCUCUCCCUGUGGACAUUUAUCUGAAAAGAAAUGAGUCUCAAAGUCUAGACUCUAACAAUCUGAGGGAAAAGGAGGUAAAUGAUGAUACUUAUGGAGCUCUGUGUAAGGACGCGGAGGAAAAUGACUGUUCGGAGUACGCUUGCUCACUUCCUGAAGAUGUGAGAAAUGAAAUCUCAGAUCCAUUGUCCUUCUCUCAAAUUGGAGACAGAGUUCUUGUGUGUAACUCCAGACCGGGUGUGCUGAAAUAUAAAGGUCUCGUUGCAUUUGCGAAUGGGUUUUGGGCUGGUGUUGCUUUGGAUGCCCCUAACGGAAACCACAAUGGAACUUUUAGAGGUGUGAAGUACUUUAGUUGUGACAAAAGCCACGGUGUCCUGGUCAGAGCUGAGGACAUUGCACACAUACACAGAGAACAUAGCAGUGAUGUAGAGAUGGGGGUGGAUGAAGAUCCCUUCUCAGUUGAGGAGCCGCCUAGGGUAAAGAGAGAUAAACAACAGAAGGACACAUCAUUGGCAGAUGGACGAAGAGGACAUAGAGAUGAGACCAUACCUACAAACACUACACGCGCACGACAAAAAGAACCUCAGGAAGACACAUCAGAUGGAGCAAGAAACAUUUCACAUCCCUCUGAAAUGCCCUCACCAAAAGUAAGCAACAUCAAGCACUUAAAGGAAUAGUUCCUCAAAAAUGAAAAUUCUUGAACCAUUUAAUCACCAUCAUGCCAUUCCCAACCUGUUUGACUUUCUUUCUUCUUUGGAGCGCAAAGGAUCUUAAGAUAAAUGUAGCUUUUGCAUAUAGUGGAAGCAUGUACUCUACCAUUCAAAAAUUUUAGGUCAGUAUGAU